AUGGGGGAAGACAGCUGCGUCGGGCAGACUCUGCGGCGUUGGCGGCCGAAUGUGUUAUUUUGGCUUGUGAUGUAUUUGGGCCAGCAGCGUCCGCUCUAUGCUGCCUCCGGCUACACAGACACCACAAAGCACUUGGAUCGGCCUGCCAUUGCCAAGGCGCUCAUAGACGAGCUCUUCCUGGGCAUCGACCCGCUGCUCGCGGAGGCCUCGCCGAACUCCGUGGAGAGCGCGAUGCCGCCGGACAAGGGCAUGACGCACGUGUCAGCAAAUGACAUCGACAUGGUGCUCGAGAUGGCAGUACAGCCAGUGCUGCUGUGGCUUGAGCUCGGCGCCUUCGAGGGCGGGUCCGCAAUACUGACAGCCCGCCGCGCCGAGGCCAGGGCCGCGGCGUCCGCGGCGCUCGACGCCAGGACAACCGUCGUUGCUGUCGACACCUUCCUCGGCGACAGGAAGGUGAUCUGGGAGAGGCCUCCAGAGGAACGGCGACAGCUCCUACGCCCUGAUGGCACCAUCGCGCUGUACGACCGUUUCCGCACGAAUGUAUUGAAAGCUGGGUCCGCGGCCGCCCUGGUGCUGCCGUUGCCCGCCACCUCCGUGACCGCGCUGCGGCUGAUGCCUGGCCUGGCCGACCGGGGCCUGCUGCCGAGGCCACAAGUGAUCUACCUCGAUUCAGCGCACGAGGCGGGGGAGGUAUUCCUCGAGUUGCAGCUGGCUUGGGAGGCUGUUGCCCCCGGCGGGGUACUCUUCGGCGACGACUGGAGCAUCGAGGCGGUGCGGCGCGACGUGUUGUCGUUUGCGGCGGCGCGGGGGGCGGACGCGGACGACUCGCUGGGGCGGCAGGCGGCCGCCGCCCGCAGCCCGCGCACGCUGGGCAGGGUGCGGCGGGGCCUCUUCGUGUCGUACCUCAGCUUCCAGUGGUUCAUGCGGAAGUCGCCGGAGCUGGCUGGUGCCAGCGGAGGGAACAUCUCUUUGACCGAGAGCAUCGCUACUCUUGGAAGUCGAGGAGAUGUUGGCGAGGACUGCUGGAGCGGUGGUUUUGGCGCAGCAGAUUGUUGCGAUGAGGACCGGUAUGGCCGAGGGGGCAAUCCUAAAUGUUGGGACCUCAUCUUCACUUUCGACAGCUGCUGCCAGGAAGCAGCGGCAACUUGGUGA